AGACUCAUCGGAAGGCGUUUGGUUCACGUGUGUUCCAGAAGAUUCGCCGACAGAAUAUAUAUCAACACGAAGAAGGACUAGGAAAGAAUUUGUCAGAAAUAUUACGAAUAUAUGUAUUCAUAAUUAACACCAAACAGUGAUUUCCGACAGUUCUUACAUUGAAGGCUUUAGCUAACAGAGAAAUAAUAUCGGUGUAGUCGAUUGACACAAAAAGAAUGUCUGUUGUCGGCUUCGAUUUGGGAUGUCUCACCUGUUUUGUUGGUGUGGCGCGGGCAGGAGGCAUCGAGACCAUCGCUAAUGAGUAUAGUGACCGAUGUACCCCAGCCUAUGUGUCCAUGAACGAAAAGAAUCGCUGCAUGGGAGUUUCUGCAAGAAAUCAAAAUACAACUAACCUUAAAAACACAGUAUCCUCUUUCAAACGCCUGAUAGGACGAAAGUUUAAUGACCCCUUGGUACAAGAGGAGCUGAAAGGUUAUUUUAAACCUUAUGAAGUUGUGGAGGGACCUGAGGGAGAGAUUUUGAUACAGGUGAAUUACAUGGGGGAGAAGCAGUCCUUCACACCAUUACAGAUGACAGCCAUGUUACUGACCAAGCUGAAGGAGACCUCCGAGACCGGCCUUAAGACAAAAGUGGUUGAUGUUGUUGUAUCGGUUCCAGCAUUUUUCACAGAUAUAGAGCGUCGUGCAAUGUUGGAUGCAUGUCAGGUGGCUGGUCUGAAUUGUCUCAAAGUCAUGAGUGAUACAACUGCAGCAUCGCUGGCAUAUGGUAUAUACAAACAGGACUUACCAGCCGAGACAGAAAAGGCCCGUACUGUUGUGUUUGUAGACAUGGGCUACUGUUCUACACAGGUGGCAGCUGUGGCCUUUAACAAGGGCAAGUUGAAGAUCUUGGGCGUGGAAUGUGACCGUAAACUGGGAGGUCGAGACUUUGACAAUGAACUAGUGCAAUACUUUGUGGAUGACUUCAAAACAAGAUACAAGGUUGAUGCAAUGACACGUCCAAAGGCACUUGUCCGACUGACCCAGGAAUGUGAGAAGAUGAAGAAGUUGAUGAGUGCCAACUCAACACCUAUUCCCAUCAAUAUAGAGUGCUUCAUGGACGACAAAGACGUCAGUGGCAGGAUGGACAGGGAAAAAUUUGAAGAACUGACAAAACAUUUGAUGGUGAAGACAGAGACAUUAUUUAAAGCUCUAUUACAAAAUACAAAACUAUCGUCCAAUGAUAUCUACUCUGUGGAGGUAGUUGGAGGCAGUUCCAGAAUACCAGCUGUUAAGAACAUGGUGCAUCAAGUGUUUGCGAAGGACCCAAGUACAACACUCAAUGCUGAUGAAGCUGUAGCUAGAGGAUGUGCUCUUCAGUGUGCAAUUCUGUCACCAACGUUUCGUGUGCGAGAUUUCUCCAUUAUCGAGGCACAGCCCUUUCCUAUAACACUGAGUUGGGAGGGUAACAUGGAUGAUGAUAACACACUGGAAGUCUUCCCGAAGUUUCACCAGAUUCCAUUUGCCAAGAUGAUGACAUUUUAUCGCAAGGAACCAUUCCAGCUAGAAUCCUAUUAUUCUAAUGCUAAAGAUGUACCAAUCCCUAACCCACAUAUAGGACAUUUCAAUGUUACCAAGGUCACACCUCAGAAGGAUGGGUCAAGUUCAAAGGUCAAAGUUAAGGUCAGGGUCAACAACCAUGGUAUUUUCACAGUAUCUUCAGCCUCAAUGACUGAGAAAUUGGAGGAUGAAACUCAGGCUGACCAGAAUGGACUAGAGGCUAUGGACACUGACUCAACGGAAAAGAAGUCUGAUGAUAAUGGACAAGGAGAUGCGCAAUCACAGAACACCACAGAUGGACAGACCCCAGAUGAGACCCCAAUGCAAACAGACCAAGAGCAACAGUCAAAUGAGCAGUCAAGUGAGCAGCCAAAUGAGCAGCCAACAGAAAAGAAAUCGGAAGAGAAAAAUGAUGAAAAGGAAGAGAAGAAAAAGAAGAAAAAGACAGUAAAAGUUAUAGACCUACCAGUUGAGUCCAGAGUGCCCCAGAUGGCCAGGGAGCAGGUACACCUCCUGGUGGAGAAAGAGAACCAGAUGAUCAUGCAGGAUAAGUUGGAAAUGGAGCGAUCCAAUGCAAAGAAUUCUGUGGAGGAGUAUGUGUAUGAACUUCGUGAAAAACUUUAUUCCCAGCUGGAAGAGUUCGCUAAGGAGGAGGAUCGCUCAUCAUUCAGUAAGAGUCUAAGUGCUACAGAAGACUGGCUGUAUGAUGAGGGAGAGGACCAAUCAAAGCAGGUGUACAUUGAUAAACUGGCAGAACUCAAGAAAAUGGGAAAUCCCAUCCAGGAAAGGUUUAAUGAAUUCCAGGAUAGACCACAAGCAUUUGAGGAAUUUGGAAAGUCAAUCAUGUUGGUGCGGAAGUUCCUAGAUCUUUGCUCUCAAAAGGACGAGAAGUACAGUCACAUUGAGUCUAAAGAUGUAGACAAAGUGGCCAAGUGUCUAAAGGAGAAGGAAGACUGGUACAACAGCAAACUCAACCAACAGAAUAGCAUGAAAACAUAUGAAAAACCUGUUGUACUAGUGUCACAGAUACGACAGGAGAAACAGCUCUUAGAAAGCACUUGCAGUCCGAUCAUGAACAAGUCCAAGCCUAAACCCAAGGAAGAACCUCCCAAGGAUGACAAAAAGGAGAAGAAGAACGAGAAGGAAACACCCAUGGAGAAUGCCAAGUCAGAUGAACAACCUACAGCUGAGUCAACAGAGGCCCCAAAAGUGGACAUGGAUAUUGAUUGAUAAUUGUUUUGUUAGAUUGAUUGUUAUCGUUAGGGGCACUGCUGUUAUGGCAGCGACAGUGGGAUCACCAAGACUACUUGUUAUGGAAAGACCACUUCAGGUCUUGCAGCUUUGCAUGGUUAAUUAACAUUGGAUUUUCCUGUGAAGGAAAUAUCGUAGAAAGUGCUUACUUUUCAAUGUGAUCAUUGUACAUAUUUCAGGAUUCUACACCAUUGUAUGGUGUGGCUAGCUGAAACGAUCUAACCUGUGUGAGGACUGCUGAGAGGAUCUAACACGGCACCACUGAUCAAAGCAAGCCUCUACAGCUAACAGGAUACUUGUUGUGAGAGUAUUAGCUUUUCUAUUGAAGCCUCAACAGUGUACAGUGAUUGUAGCUAAGUUAUGGUCAACAGCACGGCCACAAUAUUCAUCUUCUAACGCUGAAUGAUGAGUUUGUCAUCUUACCUUCAUGAAGAGGCAGGACAAAUGAAUUUACAUUAGCUUGGUGGAUGUUACAUGAACACAUGAACAAGUCCACAAAAUAAUGUGCGAGUGUUAAAAUGUUUUCUGAUGAUAUACAGCAUUAACAUAAAUGUCAUGAAACCAGAUUGAUUAUCAGUUGUAAAUCAUUCCUAGUUUGAGCAGUUCACCAACUGAGAUCACAGACACAUUGAGACAAUAUAGAAAUGUUACCGGUGUCCUGUAACUUAAAUUUUGUCUCUGUGUGUUCUCACUAUGGAUCAAAUAGGUUAAGCCGUUAUUUAUUAUUCCUGCAAUCAACUAAUCUUAGUCACAUCAUAGUUCACUGUACAUUCUUUUUUUUUCACAGUGCUCAUUUCUUGAUUUUAGAUUUCAUCAAGUACAUCAACAUACCAUACUCAAACUAACAAGUGCCCAAGGUACUAAGCAUUUUGGGAAAAUAAAAAUUAUUGCACUUUCUCACUUUGGUCCAUUAUGUUUGAAGAAACGAGAUACUUAGACAAGGAUAGAGUUGGACAUUUGUAAGGUUGAAUAUGACAAUUGUAUUUCUAGUCCACUUGCACAGGAGAUUCCACAUUUUUGAAAGCAAGAACAUGUACUGAAAAUGGUAACUGGAAAUCUCUUAUCUAAUCAGGUCUUUCUAAUUGAUUUCCCCUGUCAGCAAUUUCAAGAAGAUAAAGAAUUCUGCCUUCGUUUCAUGUUCAAGUGGUUGAAGCAUCUGCAUGCUUGUCAUAUACAUUUUAGGUGGUAGUUCAUGCAAUUCCUACCUUUGCUUAUCAUUCAGGUGUUGAAGAUGUCAACAAGCUUGUUGGUCAAAGUUGUAGUUUGUGUAAAUCACAUAUUUAUCGAGACCUUUUAGAAAUAUUGAUCUUCGGAAGACCUAUGGAAGAUAGUGAGGAUCUUAGUGUUGCAUUUAUGGUCUCUGUCAACUUUGUAGACAACACCCAUUUCUUAUUUUUCAGUGGAUUGUUGUACUCUGCUGCUUAUGAAUAGUCCAGAUUAAUUCAAAUCUUUUAAUGGGAUUUUAUUUAGUAUGAGAAAAUUCAUGGAUAAUACAGCAGGUUUCCUGACCCUGUUAGGUAACGCACUGAUCAACCUGUAUUAGGUAAGAUUAACACUAGUCUCCUCCAGCAGCAAUUAAGCUUUUGAAUCAAUCUGCACACUAUUUAUUUGAAUUUGUACCAUUCAUAUGGUCAGUUAUGAUGAAUAUGUCUGAAGAAAAAAAAUUAUAAAAAAUUUAUGUUAAAAA